AUGUCCUCGACUCUGACGCCUCUGCGGGCGGCCCUGGCCCGACCGACGGCGACGCUCAGCCCCGCGCAACCCAUAUGCCAACGCGCUGCGAGGACCUUUGGCACGUCGUCCGCCCUCCUCGCCACCGGCUACCCUUACCAGGGCGUGCCGCGUGACAACCACGGGCUCUCCAUACCCAUCCCCAAGCCCAGCUCCAAGUCCCCCGAGAUCCCGCCCUACCCGUACGGGCCGCGCCAGGUCUACAAGCAGUCCAACGGCGGCCUCUACGGCUCCUCGCGCAUCCAGUUCGGCAACAACGUCUCCGAGAAGCACGACGUCAAGACCCCUCGCAAGUGGCGCCCCAACCUCCAGCGCAGGCGCCUGUGGAGCGACUCGCUGCGCUGCUUCGUCCAGACCAGGGUGACCACGCGCGUGCUGCGCACCAUCGACAAGGCCGGCGGCCUGGACAACUACCUCCUGGGCGGCAAGAGCCAGCGCAUCAAGGACCUGGGUCCGUGGGGGUGGAAGCUGAGGUGGAGGAUCAUGCAGAGCGAGACCGUCAAGCGGAGGUUCGCCGCCGAGAGGGCGGCGCUGGGGCUUGGGCCCAAGUCCGACAGCGCCCUGCAAGAGGAGGCCCUGCGCGAGGCGGCCCUCAUGGGCAUAGUACCCGUUGGCGCACCUGCACAUCAAAAUCAGCAGCUGAUGGCCGAGACCCAGCAGAUGAUAGACGGAGAUAAGGACUUCGUCAUUGGCAAGGAUGAAGGCUUCAUGAAGGAGCAGACGCCAUGA